UGUAGGGCAAAGUUUAACACACCUGAACGCAUGAUGUCGCACCAGUGACGUCAGUAUUGAUUUUCCUCAUAUCUGCAGGUAAUUCACGGAACGCGGUAGUUAAUUGUACGGUGAACAGGCGUAUAGUCACUAACUGUAUGUGCAGCGUUGUUAUCUACAUUAACUACAAAUAUUGUUUGAUUUCAUAGAACGCGCUGUGAUAUAACUGCCUAUCAAUGAUCAAAUGUUGCCUUUGGGACACUUUGAAGGUAUUAAUCCCAUUGCCUGUAGACAAACACGGUUAGGAGGAUUAACUAGGACCUCUAUCUGUAUUCACGUGAUAAUCAGGGUGACAGCAGAUUUAACCAACUUUUGACCAACAUCAUGUGAAUAUAUUUUGGUUUGUCUGUGACCCGAAUAAGGAAAAUAUGAAAUCCCUAGUAAGACUCAAGACCUACUACAUAGCGUCGGCUGUAGUGCUGUUGGUCUACUUCUUGCUGAGGACCGCCAUGAUUACUAAUAUCACUACGGACCCAGAUGAACAAUUGGUUCCCAGGGUUGACGAGGAUGAUGCUGGUUCUCUGGAAGAAGAAUACCCACAGGGAAAAAUUCCGUCAGAGAGUUGUCGGAAGUUAUUCGAAGGCGAUCAAAAAGAAAUUCGUCGGAUGAAGAAGCACAUGUCACAGUUUACUCCCAAAGUCAUUACUGAUCAAGAGUUCGUUAUGUUAACAAAAGAUUGUGAGAUUUUUCAAAAGGAACAUCGAUAUAGCAUGACAGUGAACGAAGAAGAGAAAAAUUUCCCAAUAGCAUUUAGUAUUUUACUGUAUAAAGACGUAGUCCAGGCGGAGCGACUGUUGCGGACUAUCUAUAGACCGCAUAACGUUUACUGUCUCCACGUGGACGCCAAAUCUCAGCCUUCAGUCCUCCGCGCUGUGGAAGGUAUUGCUAGGUGUUUCCACAACGUGUUCAUAGCUACUCGCCUGGAGGAAGUAAUCUACGCGGGAUACUCGCGUCUCCAGGCUGAAAUCAACUGUAUGAAUGAUACUCUACACAGGAAAGAAGAGUGGAAGUAUUACAUAAACUUAGCGAGUCAGGCCUUUCCGCUCAGAACAAACAGAGAGAUGGUGCAGAUUCUGAAGCUUUACAAUGGAGCCAAUGACAUCGAAGGCAUUACUGGUGCUCGUCUUCAAUCAGUAAGUCAGCGGUUUAAUUUUCACUGGAAAUUAACACGGAACGGUGCCAUUUAUAAACUGGAACGCUCAAAAAUCAAAAAGAACCCUCCGCCCUAUAACAUCACUAUAGUCCGAGGCAGUGCUUAUGGAAUAUUCAGCAGAAAUUUUGUAGAAUUUAUACUGCACAAUCCUGCUGCUAGAGCUCUGCUAAGCUGGUCACGUGAUACAUAUAGCCCGGAUGAGUUCUACUGGGCCACCCUGCACCACCUUAUGUACAACCCGCACCUCAAAACGCCGGGCGGAUACGCUGGUGUUCCGGACAAGAAGGCUUGGCUGGCUGUAUACGCGGCAUGGGGAGGUGUGGACCCGUGUGCGGGACGCUGGAUGCGAGCGGUUUGUGUCAUGGGGGUCGGGGACCUACAUCGUCUAAUUGAAAGAAAAGAGUUCUUUGUCAACAAGUUCCUGUAUGACUUUGAGCCCCCGGCCUUGGACUGCGCCGAGGAAUGGAUCCGGGCCAAGGCGACGUUUGCCUUUCCAUUUGAUCUUAAUUAUUACCGUGCCUUGCCAUUUUUAAAGAAGUGACUUUCAUUCAGCAUAAGCUAUUUAAUCGGGGUUUUUCAGAAUACGUCGGUCGUAAAUGUGGGUCUUUUUAUUUUGAUAUUAGUAGAAUUCCUUUAGAUGAAAGUGGACCACUUGCCGGUCAUCUGUAGAGCACACUUAGACUGCGUUCCCGUGCCUAGAUCGAUCUAACAGGAUCGAUUUAUCUCCGAAGAAUUUCUCGCUAAAUUGCUUUCAGCUUAAACAGCUUA